CUCGAUAAGUAAGGAAAACGAAGGAAGGAAGAAGGAUGCUGCGCCCUGCCAUGAGCCGUCUCUCGGGCAUGCGCGCCCUCCAGGGUGGCCGCGCCAUGUUCUCCACGGCCGGCCUCACGCCCGAAGUCGCGUCGCCGGCGUCGUCGCACGUCAACAUUGUCGUCGAAGAGACGUCGCACGACGAUCUUGGCCGCAAGCUCAAGCCCAAAGAGGUCGUGGACCAGCUCGACAAGCACAUCAUUGGCCAGAACGACGCCAAGAAGGCCGUAGCCGUUGCGCUCCGCAACCGCUGGCGCCGCCAGCAGCUGCCUGACCACUUGCGCCCCGAAGUGUCGCCGAAGAACAUCUUGAUGAUUGGUCCGACAGGGUGCGGCAAGACAGAGAUCGCGCGCCGCCUUGCCAAGCUGGCGCAGGCGCCGUUCGUCAAGGUCGAGGCCACCAAGUUCACGGAGGUUGGCUUCCAUGGCCGCGACGUUGACCAGAUCAUCAAGGACCUUCUUGAGAACUCGAUCCAGCUCGUCAAGAAGACGCGCAUGGAGAAGGUGCGCAAGGACAUCCAGCACGUCGUGGAGCAGCGCAUUGUGGACGCGCUGGCCGGUCAGCACUCUGGCGCACAGUCGCGCCAGUCGUUCCUCAACCUCUUGCGCGCUGGCGAGAUGGAAGACCGCGAGAUCACGAUCGACGUCCGGAGCCCUGCCGCGACGACGACCACGAUCUCGAUGGACUCGUCCGGGAAGCUCAACAACAUGAACGAGCUCAUGAAGGCUGUCUCGGGCAAGAAGCUCGAGAAGAAGAAGACGACGGUGUCGGAGGCGCGCCCGAUCAUGGAAGAGAUGGAGCUCGAGAACGCCAUCGACAUGGGCGACGUGGUCAAGGAGGCCAUCUCGGAAGCCGAGGAGAAUGGUAUCGUGUUUAUUGAUGAAAUUGACAAGAUCUGCUCCAACGGCAGCUACCGCGGCGCCGAUGCGAGCGACGAAGGCGUCCAGCGCGAUCUGCUGCCGCUCAUCGAGGGCUCGACGAUCUCGACCAAGCACGGCAACGUCAACACGGACCACAUUCUCUUCAUCGGGUCGGGUGCCUUCCACGCCGUUAAGCCCAGCAACCUCCUCGCCGAGCUCCAGGGCCGGCUGCCGAUUCGCGUCGAGCUCAAGGGGCUCACGGAGCAAGACCUCUGGCGCAUCUUGACCGAGCCGGUCGCGAACCUCGUGCUGCAGCAGAAGGCGCUCAUGGCGACGGAGAAGGUCAACCUCGAGUUUGACGACGACGCGAUCCGCGAGAUUGCGGCCGUCGCGUACGCGAUCAACCAGACGAUCGAGAACAUUGGCGCGCGCCGGCUGCACACGGUGCUCGAGAAGGUCGUCGAGGACCUUUCGUUCGAGGCCGCCGAGUACCCGGAGAACCACACGGUGCACGUGACCAAGGAAAUGGUCCAGACGCGCGUCGGCUCGAUGCUCAAGAAGACGGAUCUCUCCAAGUUCAUUUUGUAAAUGGGCAAUUAAUCCAAAUUAACCGUGGCUUGUAAACGUCAUCGAUCGCUUGGCCGA